GAGGUUGCAGCAGAAGGUGCUGUUCUCGACCAUGGCUUUGGAGAAAAUGGAACAGGAUUUUUCGGCUACUGUUGAUCAACAAAUACCAAUUUUUAAAUCUCUUGCAGAGUCCGGUAAAAUCGAUGAGGCAUUGGAAAAAUGUAGUAUCCUUGAAAAACAAACAAGAACGGCAGCAGAUGCCAUCUCAACAGGACGACUCCUAGUUUGCAUAGUUGAGAUGCUAGGCGAUAAAGGACUGUGGCAAAAAUUAAGUGAACAGUUGGUUAUAAUGUCGAAAAAGAGGAACCAACUGAAACAAGCUGUUACUAAAAUGGUCCAGGCGGCGAUGAAAUAUAUUGAUGUAGUUACGGAUGAAGCAGCGAAACUGGGUCUGAUUUCUACAUUGAGGGCUGUUACUGAAGGAAAGAUUUACGUUGAAGUUGAACGGGCUCGCUUGACAAGAAUGUUAUCAGCAAUCAAAGAAUCAAAGGGAUUGAUAGAAGAAGCGGCUGAUGUACUUCAGGAAGUUAAGGUUGAAACUUUUGGUUCAAUGGAAAAGCGCGAGAAGGUCGAAUUUAUCUUGGAGCAGAUGAGGUUGUGCUUGGCGAAAAAAGAUUAUACAAGGACGCAAAUACUAAGCCGGAAAAUCUCCCCAAAAUAUUUCCGCGAAGAAGGAACAGAGGACUUAAAACUGAAGUUCUAUAAGCAGAUGAUAGAAGUUGAUAUCCAACAUGAUGCGUACCUAUCUAUAAGCAAACAUUUUUGGGAAAUAUAUAACACCAAAUUGGUUCAAGAAAACGAACAGGAGAAGCGAAAUGCUCUUUGCAACAUUGUUGUUUACCUUAUUUUAUCACCAUAUGACAAUGAGCAACAUGACUUAAUGUAUCGCCGAAUGAAGCUACGUGAUCUAGAGUCGAUGCCUGAGUACAUCACAAUGCUCAAAGUAUUCACUACACAAGAGCUUCUUAGUUGGCAAGACUUCCGUAAUCAACACGAAGCCACUUUAAGGUCGGAAACCUUGGCUUUUUCUACAAGUUCUGGUGGAAAAGAUCCGGAAAAAUCCCUUAAGGCCCUACAGCAACGCGUCACUGAACACAACAUUAGAGUAGUAUCUGCCUACUACACACAGAUACGUCUUUCGCGUUUGGCCGAACUUCUGAAUUUGAACAUUGAGGAGGCGGAGGAUUGUCUGUCCAAGUUAGUCGUGAGUAACACUGUGCAAGCGAAAAUUGACCGACUUGACGCCGUUGUUCAGUUCACCGAAAAGAAAUUGGCCACCGAUGUACUCAAUGAUUGGUCUCACAACGUCACGUCUCUCAUGUCACUCGUUAACGAGGCCACUCAUCUCAUCAACAAAGAGCGAAUGGUCCAUGCUGUCUAA